AUGCUUGCUGCUCUUUACGGAUCCGAAGAUUUCGUACGUGGAUUACUUUCUUGGGAUUCAAGCCCAAAACAAGUGGAACUUCGAGGAAAUGUAUACAACAUCAAUGGAGAUUUAAUCAAUAACGUUACUGCAUUAUGGUGUGCUUUAGAUCAAGGACAUUAUGGCGUGGCAUCUAUUUUGAUCAAUGAAGGCGAUGAAGAAGACAUCAGACAAAGUAUCGGUGUGAGCAGUGCCUUACAUCGAGCUGCUGAAAACGGCCAUUAUGAUUGUGUACGAGUUUUAUGCAAUGCUGGUCUUUCUCCAAAAACAAAAAAUUCAAAUGGAAAAACAGUAUUGAGAUUGGCAGCUGAAAAUAAUCACUCGAGUAUCGUUGAUUUUUUAUUGGGAUACAAUAAUGAUGAGGCCAGUUUCAAUGAGCUCGAAUUAUUAGCUUCUUCAUAUAUGAUCUCAGUUUGGCAUUUCGACGAGCGUGAACCAUCAGAUCGAAUGCGUACUUUAUUAAAACAGUCACUCAUAAAGCGUGUCUUGCUGAAUAUCCCAAAAGAAGUUGCGCAACCGAUUUCAGCCUAUGAAUUCCAGCAAGAAUGUCAAUCGAUCGAUGAAUUUGAUCAGAUUCAAUAUAAUGUUGAUCGAUUGUAUCUUGAGGCAUUACUCAUUCGAGAACGUAUUCUUUUACCAGAAAAGGAAGAAACAUUCUUUUCACCAUUAUAUCAACGAGGAUUCGUACUUGUUGAGCGAGGUGAAUUCUAUCAAUGCUUCAACCUGUGGUUUCACAUUUUUCAAUUGUAUCAACGAAUGGAAUUGGAAACUAAUCUUCAAAGUUUCGUUUGGCUUUUCUGUCGAAUGCUCGCUGCUGGAAUACCCAUUCCUGUUGAUCAAUUCUUAGCAAUAUGUUAUCUCACCUUCCAAUCAUCACAACAGAAGUUCACAAACGAAAGUCUAGCAACAGCUUUAUGUCUCGUAGCAAUUGCAGCAAAGGUAACGUAG